AUGAUGAAUUAUAAGUUUAUUCUUUUUUUAUUUUGUUCUUACCUUUCUUUGGUAUUAUCAUUAGAUAACUUUGAUAUAUAUGAACUUGUAUUCCAUUACAAAGGAUUUAAUAUAGAUAAUUUAAAAAAAUUUUCUAAUUUUCAAGAUUUAAAAAAUAAACAAACUCCAAUAUUUUCAAGUUUUUUUUCUGAUUUAUUUAAAUCAGAUUUUAAAUUUCUUGAUAUUGUUGAUGUAGAGUUAAGUGGUUUAAGUAAAGACUCAUUUGAUACUGUAAUCUUUACUGGACAAAUAUAUAUUAACAAUAUUUUAAAAAGAAAUAAUCUUAUUGAUAAGAUUAACAAAAAUGGACCAUUAUCUGUUUUUAAAAUAUCAAAACCAUCAGAAUAUUCUUUGUUAUUUAAAGGAAGAAUAAAAUAUAAUCCUGAUUCAUAUAUUUUUGAGAAUCAACUUUUAACAUUUGGUUCAUGUCAAAAUGGUGGAAUUCUUUUACCAAAUGUUACAUGUGAAUGUAAAGAUUAUUUUACGGGACAGGAUUGUGAAAAAAUUGUAUGCCUUAAUUCUGGAAUUGUACCAUCAAAUGGAAGAUGUAUCUGCCCACCUGGAUUUAUUUCAACUCACUGUGAACCAUUACAUUUAACACAACCAACAACAUAUUCUUUUGACUUUAAUGAUAAAUCAUUUAUUUAUGUUAUUAAUUUACGUGAUUCAAUGGCUGAAGAUUUUCAAUAUCUUGUAACUAAUACAAAUAAUGAUCUUUUAAAAAAAAUUAAUACAUACAAAAAUUUUAUUCUUACAACAUAUGUAAGUAACAGUAAUCUUUCAUUCAAUUUCAUAAAAACAACAACCUAUACAACUGUAAAUGAAUUUAUCACAGCCCUCGAGGCAGCAACAUUUAUUUAUGGUGAUUUAGAACAACCAACUUUACCAGCUAUCUAUAAUACAUUAUCAACACAAGAGUCAAUGAAAGCAAGAUCAAAUAUGUUUGUAUUUUGUGAUUCUGUAUCAAGUAUGUCUGAGGGAUACAAUUUUUCUCAAAUUUCUAAUGAUACUUUUGAAAAAUAUAUCACUUUAUCUUCUAUUAAUUGGAAUAUUAAUAUUUAUUUUUCAUUAACAAGUUCUUCUCUUUAUCAAAUAGAUAAGAAUGCUGAUGGAUUUUUGGUGUAUGGAAGACUUGCCACUGCCAGUCUUGGACAAGUUUUUGAUUUUGAUUCAACAAAGAAAAAUAUUGGUAGUUUUGUUACUAAUGUAUUACCAUUUUUAUUAUCAAAAGAAAUUGUUGAUUAUGGAAAUCAAAUAUCUCAAUCUACAUUUACUGUUACUUUAAAUACUUUUGAUGAUUCAGUUAAUAUUAUAAUUAUUGGUGGAGGGCAAAUUCUUAAUCAAACUCCAGUUUUUUCAUUACUACCAAUAUCAAUAUAUACAAUAAAUAAAAAAGAUUUUGGUUCAAUUAAUUUCCAAUGUAAUGGAGCAAUAAAUUAUUAUAUUUUUGGAGGAGUUAAAAAUAUUAUUGUUCCUGGAUUUACUACUAUUACAGAUGGAACCCACCCUGAAGUAGAUAUUUAUUCAUUCAAUUUAAUUAACCAAUUUCCAAUGAAAGCUGUUAUGCGUGGAUAUAAUGUUGCCACAAGUCAAAUGACCCUUCAAUCAAAUUCUCAAAAUGGUGGUGUAAUUAAUCUUGGUACCAGUACACCCAGAAAUAGUCAACAAGAAGGAUUAUUUAAUAUUGAAUUUAGUAAUUCUAUAAAUAGUUGUUCAGUUGGAUAUAAUGUUAUUAAAAUUCAAUAUAAUGAUUUGGUAUCUAAUUCAACAUAUACAAGAAUUUUCCCAACAUUAUGUCAAAUUGGAUAUGAUUUAUCAAAAGUUCCAAUAACUUGUCAAAAUGGUGGUACUCCAAAUUCACAAGGAAAUGGUUGUACAUGUACUUCUGAUUAUAUUGGAAACUUUUGUCAAACACCAUUAUGUUAUAAUGGUGGUUCUGUUAAUCCUUAUCCUCUUGGAACAGAUAAUCAAUGUAUAUGUAUAAAUGGUUAUCAUGGUAAUCAUUGUGAAAAAGAUACAUGUCAAGAUCAACAAAAUCCUACAUUUGACAUUUCUCAUAGAACUUUUUCUAUUGUUAUGGCAAAUGUAAAUUCACAGGCAUACCUUGCACCAUACAUUGCAAAUGCCAUUGAACAAUAUGUAAAUGUAUCCUCAAAAUUAAAUCCUGAUUUUGUUAAUUAUUUUACAUUAACAUUUUAUUCUAAUAUAUCUGAUCUUGUAACUAAUAAUUAUACAGCUUCUGUAGAUUCAAUAGAAUUCACAUCACCUGAUGACUUGGUUAAUAGUAUUAGAUUAAAUAAAUUUCCAUUUUCAGCUGCAACAUCACAAAAUAGUUUUGAAGGUCUUAUUAGUUCACUAAACUUACCUAUUAAAUAUAAUAGAAAAAGAAUAAUUUUUUGGUUUGUUGAUCAAAAUACAAUUGAAGAUGAGAAUAAUGUAUUAUUUGAGGAGGCACAAAAAUCUGCCAUUUCUAAUGAAAUACCUGUAAAUAUUAUUUAUGCUCAACCAUUUAAUCCAUUUACUACUACAAAUACUUCAUCAUGUCAAAAUAAUAAAAAUCAACUUGAAAGUAAAUUAAGUCAAUUAGCUUAUACAACUGGUGGUGUUAUUCUUGAUUUAUGUACAUUUCCAGAUUUAAAUAAUAUUCAAAAUCUUUUUACAACAUUUGGACAAAUAAGUUAUAGAGUAGAAAAUGUUUUUCAAACAACUCUUCAACAAUGUAAUAGUAAUCAAAUUGCUACAGCUUCAUUUAGUUCUAAUGAUAAAAAAUUUGUUCUUAUUAAUUCAAAUGCUAAAAAUUCAUUGACAUUGUCUAUAACUGAUGCUAAUAGUAUUCCUCAACAAGUUGGUACUUCUAUCUCAACAACUCCAAAUAUCUUUUUAUAUGAUAUAUCUUCACUUCAAAAAAAUACUAAAUAUAUAUUUGGGGUAAAUUCACAAAAUCAAGGAUCAUGUUUAUUUACUAUAUUAGAAGAAAGUGAUAUUGUACCAUUUAUUGCUUUUACUCAAUCUGUAUCAAUAAAUUAUAAUGAUACUAAUCCUAGUUUUGGAAUUCCAUAUCAUCCUGUUAUACAUUUAUCAACAGCCUUUCAAAAUCAACCAACAAUAGAAUUAAAUGAUGUGUUAAAAUUUUCAACUGGAGCAUAUGAUAAUACAGGAAUCUUAAGAUCAUCAUCAUGUUCUUAUGAUUAUUUUUAUGAUUCACAGUAUGCAUGUAAAGUAAUGAAUUCACCAUUUUAUUUGACGGCAACAAUUAGUGUUAAUAUCUCAUCAACAGAAACAUUUACAGCUCAAAGAUCAAUUUUAUCAUAUUGUCAAGGACCACCUUCUGGUGGAUGUAUAAAUGGUGGUACAUUAAAUAAUGGAACAUGUAUCUGUCCAAGUGGUUAUUCUGGUAAUUAUUGUGAAAAACCAUUAUGUUAUAAUGGUGGAACAUCAAUACAAAAUCAAUGUAAAUGUCCAACAAAUUAUUUUGGUAAAUUUUGCCAAUAUAUUGGUUGUGAUUCCAUUGAUUAUAAGACAUUAAGUAAUUUUAAUAGAUAUUCUUAUAAUACAAUUAUUUUUAUUGUUGAAAAUACAGCUGAUUCUGCAAAUAUGAAUAAUGAUUUAAUUAAAAAUAUAGAAACAUUUAUUAAUACAGUUUCACAAAAUAAUGGUGCUAAAGAAUUUGUUUUAAUAACUGUUGAUGAUAUAUCUAGUCAAAAUAUUAUUGUUACACCAAAUCCAUCACAAUUUACUGAAAUAUUUAAAAAAGUUCUCUCUAUACCAUCAUCAACAUCAUCUGGUCAAAAUGUUAAAACAUUUUCUGGAAUUAAUGCAGCUCUCCAAUAUUCUAUAUAUAAACCAACAAUUAUUUAUGUUUUUACAACAAAUGGAGCAAGUGAUACUAGUAGUCUUAUUACAACAUCCUCAAAAAUUGGUAAUUCAAAUGUACAAAUAAACUAUAUUUAUGUUCCAAAAACAAAUGUACAAACUCCAUCAUUUUCAACAUCAACUAAAUUUAUGUAUCCACAACUUAUUGCUUAUGGAUCUGGUGGUCGUUUAAUUGCAAUAAAUUAUGGAAAUGAUUUGUCUUCUUUAAUUACUAAUUAUCUUCCAUCUACUUUACAGGAAGAUGCAAUUGUUGAGGAUAAAUUUGUUAGUGACUCUUCAAAAUCAUUAACAAAAGUAUUUUUCCCUGUUGAAAAUCAAACAGAAUGGUUUACAAUUUCUAUUUUAGGAAAAAAUGUUAAUAAUUUAAAUACUUUAAAAGUUUAUAAUGGUAAUGGAAAUCUUGUACCACCACAACAAUAUGAAACAUUAGUCUUCACAUCUGGAUAUGUUGUAAUAAAAAUUUCUAGAAUAGCAUUUACACAAAAUUUUUAUGGACAAUGGAAGGUAGAAGGUCAGGGUUCUUCUGGUUCAUUAAGAAUUCAAGUUAGAAUAACUUCAAAAGUAUUUGUCAAAGUUGGAUUUAGUGAAACAAUGACAAAUGAUUUUGUUAAUAGACUUCCAGGAAUUACAUCAACAUCCUCAACACAAAAUUAUAUUGCAGCAAAUCUUCCAUAUAGUAUGUUUACAGAUAUGAAUAUAUUUCUUGAAAAUGCCAGAGUUUAUUCAAUUAUUAUGGAUAGUGAUACAACAACUGAUAUUACAAUGUUUAAUUUUAAUUUACGUAAUCCAGAUACAUGUUCAUUUCAAUAUAUUUCACCACAAAUAACUAUUCCUAAAAUGAGUAUACCAAAUGUUAUCAUGAUACAAAUUAAUGGUCAAGAUCAAUUUGCACAGUCUAUACAACGCCUAUUUUAUUAUAUUCCAACACCAAUAAAUUGUAUUAAUGGUGUCCUCAAUAAUAAUGGUUUUUGUAAUUGUACUUCUACUGACUUUACAGGACUUGAUUGUAAUACAAUAAUAUGUAAAAAUGGUGGUACUUCAGAUGGUUCAGUAUGCUAUUGUCCUCCAGGUUAUUGGGGUGAUUUAUGUGAAAAAACAUUUUCUUCAACAUCUAUAGCAACUACAACAACUACAACAAUAGGACCAACAGUCACUCAAACAACAUCACCUUUGAAUACCAACCAAUAUUUUAGUUUAUUCAUUUGUGAUAAAUCUUCUAAUGGAGCAAAUACAAUUGAAAAUCAACUUAAAAUAAUAAAUUCAUUUUUUAAUCCUACAAGUAAUGUCUCAACAUCACUUUUAAUAGAAUCAGAAGGUCAAGAUACUCUUUAUAAUAACUAUACAGUUAUACAGGCAAAUGACAAUAAUUUAUUAAAUGUUGAAACUCAAUAUGUACGUGCACAAAAAGCUUCAGGAGGUGAUAUAACAUUCUUAAGUAUUGUUCAUAAUAAUCAAGUAAAUAUAAAUUUAACAAAUACCAAUAUUUAUACAAAAUCUCCUGGUAAUGUUAUCUUUGUUGGUUCUUCUAUUUAUGGAAUAAGUGAUACAUUAACAACAUUACAAAAUAUUAAACAAACUCAAAAUAGUGGACUUAAAAUUUUAGUUAUUGUUAUGGAUCAACAAUAUAAACAAGUAGGAAUAAAAUUAACUGGAGAUGAAAAUUCUGUUUAUCUUUAUCAGAAUGGAAUAUCUCAACCAAGUGAUGCUGCUACAUGGAUCUUACAAAAACUUUCAUCACCCUAA